UGUUGCUGACUGGGUUAUCGGUGAUACUAGCAAAGCCAGAGGAGGAAUUGUUGUGUAACCCAUCCAAUAUUCCCCCAGACAAGAUGGAUAGGGCCAAAUUAACAAUUAUCUCUAAGGUUCCAAAUGAUACCAUCUUAUGGACACAAACUACAGAAUGCCAUGGGUGCAAGUUAAGGAAAACUGUUGCAAUUGAAAGGAACAACAACUGUACCGUGAGUCUUGAUACAAGAUGGAAAAUGCAGUACCAGAUAACUUAUGACUUCAACAAAACUCAUCCUUCACAAGUCGGUAGCUGCCCGAAAGUGACAUUAAAAUUGGAUGAAUAUGGUGUCUAUUACAUCUACAUCCAAAAAAAUCCUCAUAACAGUUCCAACAUCAAAUGUGAUACUGCUUUACAGAUGAACAUGCCAGCCGAUAGUAACAUUCCUAUAUACGUGGCCAUUGGAAUCUUUGUGGGUGUGGCCUUGCUUUGGGUUUUUGCAAUCAAUUGUCACAGACGACACUGGUGGAACCGAGUGUUACUAAGUGCCGGAGCAGAGCGUUUGAUAGAUCCGCCUCCUAAUGAAUCUAAGGAACAGGGAGAACUUAUCAAGGAAAAGCAAACAGGAGAGAGGGGGAGAGCUGUAAGGCGGCGUGCUGGACGCUCUAGGGAGUCCCAGACUAAGGGGAGGCAUGCCUAUGCUUCACAGGACCUUGGCAGCAUGCACAAUAUGAACACCAAUAUCAAUCCAGUUGACAAUGAGGAAAACAGACCUAAAAAAGAGCGUCUGAAAUCCUUGGAUACUUUCAGAGGAAUAAGCAUUGUGAUAAUGAUAUUUGUAAACUACAAGGGUGGGGGUUAUUGGUUUUUCCACCAUGCCCGCUGGAAUGGGCUCACAGUUGCAGAUUUGGUGUUUCCGUGGUUUGUUUUCAUCAUGGGAACCUCUAUGGCCUUUUCAUACAGUUCCCUCUUACAGAAAUGUGUCCCUAAAUGGAAAAUAUUUCUGAAGAUUCUGAAGAGAUCUUGUAUUCUGUUUGUUUUGGGUUUAAUUGUCAACACAGCGGGUGGACAUUCACCUGUGUCCUUGCCACAUCUGAGAAUACCAGGCGUACUACAGAGGUUUGCACUCACAUAUCUCAUCACAGCCUCUGUUCACUUAUUGUUUAUCCGAGAGGCUGACAUCCACAUGCAUUCAUACUGGAGCAGAGCAAGAGACAUACUUUACUACUGGCCUGAGUGGAUAUUUAACUUCCUCUUUGUUGCCCUUCACUGCGGCCUUACCUUCGGGAUGGAGGUACCACACUGUCCGAAUUACCUGUAUAAACCCUUGAUUGGUAUGAUAGACUGUGAAAUUUACAACACGAAAACUCCGUAUGAUCCUGAAGGGAUUCUGGGAACAAUUACCUCAUGUUUUAUGUGUUUCCUUGGAUUACAGGCAGGGAAAAUCCUUUUGUAUUUCAAAGAUGUAAGAGGUCGUGUUGUGCGUUUCCUGUCUUGGGGGUUUGUACUAUGCCUGAUUGCUGCCAUUUUGUGUAAAUUUAGCAAAGACGAUGGUUGGAUCCCUAUCAAUAAAAAUCUCUGGUCUCUGUCCUUCGUGCUCUGCCUUGCUGGGAUGGCCUUCAUAAUCUUGACAGUGUGUUAUCUCACAAUAGAUGUGUGGAAAAUAUGGAAUGGAGCACCAUUUUACUAUCCAGGAAUGAACUCCAUUCUUGUGUACAUGGGCCAUGAGGUGCUACACAAUGCCUUCCCUGUAAAGUGGGCGGUGCCCCAAACACAUGCAUCACUCCUGCCUCUUAACCUCUGGGGCACAUUCUUCUGGGUUUUUGUUGCCAUAUUCCUCUUCUGUAGAAAGGUCUUCAUAGCUAUCUAAUCCGAACUGCAGGAGGAGCCACCUCAGGUAGCCCAACCAAUCAUGAUUUGUCGGGGAAAGGGAUUUCUUCGGUGUAACAGUUUUAUGUGAUUCACCAAUCAAAGUGCAAAUUCCAAAAAGAGUGUGGACUUAAUGUGAUAAACUGAAUUCUUUGUGAUGUGAUUUGAUAAUCAAAAAUGCAAUUAGAUUUUGAAGAACAUUUCCAUGGUUUGCAUUUGGAGAUGCUAGUGAAAUUAUUUGAUUUUAAAAAAAUCUGUGGAACAUUGAUGCAUUUUUAACCUGUUGAUAUAUGCAAGAAAUAUGAAACUGUGGGUGAAAUGACUUUUAUUAUAAAUACAAAGUUAACUGUUAUGAUGACCAUAUUAGGAAGAUGUUCAGCUUUACAAUUAGUUUUUACAGUUACUUUCUGAUUAUUUCACAUUUUCUAAGUAUGCUGCAAAAUGUAAUGCUAUUUUAAUAUCUGUGCCACAGAAACUUUGCACACAUUUCAUUGUUGAUAGACAUUAUAUAUUUUUUGAGUAGUGUAUAUGUGAUUUAUAAGCCUGUAUCUUACCAGUUUAUCAGCUGUCAUUUGACCCUCAACACACUUUGUAGUUUUUGUUUUAAUGGCUUCCUGAGUAAUCAGUAUGAAUCUGUUUUUGAACUUCAUUGCAAAAGAGAUUGAUUUGAAUUGUUGACAAGGCACAUGCCUAUUAAUUUAUGUUGUUGUUUGUUUUCUUUUGACUUUGUUUUCUAUAAACUUUAUUGUUUAGUACAAGGUUAUUAUAGUACAUGUUGAUUUUUUUUUUUUAAAUUGUUGAAGACACCCAUGAAACAUGUUAGAGGGGAGACAACUCCCACAAUAUGGUGUCCCUAGUAUUCCAUGGUGUGCAGCUGAUGUGUCUCUGAUACAAGGAUGUCAUACAAACUAUAAUAAUGUUACCAUGGAAACAGAAAUGACCAAUUAGUUAGAAAGUAUGUUUUCUGAUUGUGGUGAGUGUAUUGUGGAUACAUUGGAAUGGAUGAGAUAGCUUAGCUUGUACAUGUUAUUUUGUGCCAAACUUACAGCAUCAUUUACUAACUUGUGCCAGAGAAAGAAAUGUAAAGUUAUAGAGUUUGUAUAUAAAUGUAUCCUCAUUGGAAAAUGUCCAUAGCAUUGUAUGCAAACUUACACCUGAUGUAAAUUAUACUGAUAAAUUUUGUACUACACUUUGAAGUAUAACCUCUUUAUAGUAGAUAAAAAAAUUGUAUGUGAUGAAAAUGUUUGAUUAGUGUGAAUAAAAUGAAGACAUGGAUACAUUAUAAGGUUGUUGUGGAAGUUAGUAGUAUUGUUAGGUCAUUAUAGAUCUGAGACAAACAUUAUUUAUUAUAAACUGGUGCAACAUAUCACAAUGAUUUGCACAGUGAUGCUUCUUUUACACCGGAAAAGAAACACUGUACCAAUUUUGGUUAUAAAUCCAAGGAGGUUCUGAUUUUAAAAAUGACUUACCCGCCAGGUAGCUGAAGGACAAUGUCAUGGGGUCCAAAUAAUGGAUAUAUAUGUUCCACCAAAUUUUUCAAACUGCUUUCCACAUUUCAUCCACAUGUUAUCAGUAGAAGUUUGAGCCCCAAGUGGAUCAAAAGUUAUGCCAGUAGAGAGGGUAACACUGUCCACAUUGAAGUGUAAGUUUGCUGAAGAUGACAUUAUCUCCCACAAUGUAAUUAAAAGUAGGAGCCUGUUUAAUGCAUUGUGAUAAAACUACACAAACAAGGAGCUGAGAAGUUGGUACAAAAAAUACAAUUUACUGAGAGUCAAGAGGAGUCAAGAAUCUGUAUAAGGAUAUCUGUUAUGUUUAAACUGGGAUCCAAAAAUAGAUAUACCAACAUGAGUUUGGCUGUACCAUGUUUAGCACUUGGUUUUUAACAUUUGUAUUGUUAAAUAAAACACUUGCGUUAGAUAAUAAAAUUUAGCCAAUCCUCUAGUUCAUUGCAAAUUUAGAUAUUAAAGUGAAUGAUGUAGGUCCAACUGUAUAGGUAUGUAUGGGAUUUAUGUGAUAGAGAUCGAUGACGAGGAAAUAAGUGUAGAUGUUAUGUUAUUUACUGAUUUUUCAUCCUGGUAAUAUCUAUUGUCAACUAUAGACUGUAAACAUGGUUUUUUGAUAUUUCUUGUUCUAUGAUAAAGUACAUUUCUAUUGUAUAUCAUUUAUUGUGACUAGUAUCAUAACAAAAUGGCACAAACAUUUACACCAACAUUUACACAAACAUUUACACUAACAUUUACACUAACAUUUACACUCACAUUUACACUAAUACAUUUACACUGACAUUUACACCAACAUUUACAACAACAUUUACACCAACAUUUACAACAACAUUUACACUAACAUUUACACUCACAUUUACACUAAUACAUUUACACUGACAUUUACACCAACAUUUACAACAACAUUUACACCAACAUUUACAACAACAUUUACACUAACAUUUACACUAACAUUUACACUCACAUUUACACUCACAUUUACACUAACAUUUACACCAACCUUUACACCAACCUUUACACAAACAUUUACACCAACAUUUACACUGACAUUUACACCAACAUUUACAACAACAUUUACACUAACAUUUACACUAACAUUUACACUCACAUUUACACUAACAUUUACACCAACAUUUACACCAACAUUUACACUGACAUUUACACCAACAUUUACAACAACAUUUACACCAACAUUUACACCAACAUUUACACCAACCUUUACACCAACAUUUACACCAACAUUUACACCUACAUUUACACUUACAUUUACACUAACAUUUACACCAACCUUUACACCAACCUUUACACAAACAUUUACACAAACAUUUACACUAACAUUUACACUAACAUUUACACUAACAUUUACACUAACUUUUACACCAACAUUCACCAGAGAUACUGUUUAUCAGGAUCGUUCUUUCCAAGAUCUUUUCAUACUUACAAAUAUUUUAUUUUAUAGAUGGAAGUACUGAAUAACCUAAACUGUGUCUAUGUUUCUUCUCAUUACAUAUAUUUAAUGGCUGGCUGUUACUUUACAUUUUCCUUGAAGCCUUACUGACAUGACACAAUGAAUUUUUAGGUCUGUUUAAAACAAUAGAUUUACCGAAGUAUCUGUACUUAUAAAAUUACUUAAAGCCAGAUGAAGAAGUAAGGUUAUAUACAUGCAAGGAUACCACCCAAUCCAACUCAAAGGUAUUUUAGACUACCACAGAUGUAAAUAUGCAUGUGCAAGGAUUUUACGUAGCCACAAUAGAGUUAUGAAGUCAUUCCAUUUUAUUUUGCAUGUUGAAGAUGUACUUGGUGCUAUAUAUUUACAUAUGAUCAUACAACCUAACCUUGAUUUGUAUCACACACAAUAAAUAUUUGUUACAGACUC